CCGUAGCUAAGGAAGAAGCAGAAGAAGAAGAAGAAGCAUCUGAACUGCCGGGUACUUCAGUUGUCCGGGAAACCCGCCUAUGAACACUUUUCUGCGGACAGGUGCUUUGUCUCUGCGGGUAUAUGUGUGAACCCGGGAGCAUUUAACUAAGCGAAACAUAUGCUAGCCUGUUGGCCGCGAGAAAUAAGAUAAGUGUUUAACUUUAGCAGAAGAGGCGGUGUCUUGCCGCGGUUGAAGCUUAUAGUUAGGCGGACUUCAGCUGAAAUCCAACAUGACCCAGCAGGCUGCGGCUCUGCAGAACUACAACAAUGAACUGGUCAAGUGUAUGGAGGACCUGUGCUCCAAGCGGGAGGAGUUGAGCCGCCAGAUCAAGCAGGAGGAGGAGGAGAAGGAUCGGCUGCAGCACGACAUCCGCAUCCUCACAGAGAAGCUGAGUAGAGUCAACGAGAGCCUGGCUCAGAGACUAGCCGCCCGAGCCAACUUCGACCAGACCAUCGCAGAGACCCAGGCUGCGUACACCAAGAUCUUGGAGAGCUCCCAUUCUCUUCUGAGCGUCCUGAAGCAGGAGACGGGAAACCUGAGUAAAGCCACAGAGCCCCGGAGGAAGGACCACUAAUGGCCAGGAAAGGCCAACAGGCUCUCUUUUGGACCACAACAGCAACACUUGACUCUGCACUUUUAAGUUUAUACUCAUUCCUGGACCCUUUAUGAGACAUUCAGUUGAUUUAUUGUAGUACUUAUUCUAAUAAAUGUGUUUCUUAUCAC